CCAGAUUGUACUGUCCUGUCCACUAAUCAGUAAUGCUCGCAUAUAGGGUCCAUCUCCAGCUAGUGUUUUGUUGACAGUUCAGCUUUACGGCUCCAGAUGUAUAGGUGGGAGUGAUACCAAUCCUGAUAACAGCUGAUCACAUCCUCUCGUUGUUGGCUGCAGUAUGCUGGAAUACUAGAUUCAUCCUUCGCAAAUGUAUCGGGAGGAGACGGAUUUUCAUAUUUCCAUGGCGAUGAUGGCAGUAGGUGCAUUGCAUCUUAUCUGAAAUGUCGGUGUUUAGAAACGGCAUAUUUUCCAAGGAUUUACCGUCUGUAAGGACAGAGAACUAGCUUAAAACUGGUGUUUCUUCUCUAUGUCAGUUUUUCAAUAGUAUUAUUUACGGAUGCUAACUUUUUCGAAUUCUAUAAAUCGAAUUUGAAUUGACGCAACCGUAACCCAACUGCUGAGGUUCAGAAGCUGCUUUUCAAAUUCUAAAUUACAAAUUCUCCCUUGCAGUUUUAAGUAUUAUCAACUUAUGCAAACCUGGAAGGUAUUGAAACCAGACGAUAUAAUAUACAGUGACCGUUCUUGAGAUUACUGACUUGAGUUAGUUUUCCACUGGAUUAUAUCAGAAGUGGGUUCGAGCGGCACGUGGAUUAUUCUAAAUUGUGGAAUAUACGAUGGAACGAAUGAGUGUCACACGAUUCUCAUUUCAUCGAAAAGGUUCGAAGCGGGGUCGUGAUAGGGAGCAGGAGAAUUUCGAUUACGAAAAUCUGUCAUACUUAAGUCAGGAGGAUGCCAGGAAUGUCGACAAUGACCUAUUUAACGAAUACGCGUUUAGCGUGGUACAGCUUAUGGAGCUAGCGGGAAUGAGCUGUGCGUUAGCGAUAGCUAAGGUCUACCCGCUCGAAAAGCUCAAAGAUAAUGGUGCUUUAUUAAUUUGCUGCGGGCCUGGAAACAAUGGUGGAGACGGCCUCGUGUGCGCUCGACAUCUCAAAUUAUUCGGCUACCGACCGACGAUCUUCUACCCCAAAGCACCGAAUAAACCACUGUUCAAAAACCUGACAACACAAUGCCAGAAAAUGGACGUACCCUUCCUAAGCUACCUCCCUUCGGACCCCUCGCUCAUCCGAGACGCGUAUAACCUGAUCGUAGACGCCCUCUUUGGGUUCAGUUUUAAACCGCCAGUCCGGGAGAGUUUCCUCGAGAUUAUUGACACGCUGAAACGUAUUGACAUCCCAAUCGUCAGUAUAGAUAUCCCAUCAGGCUGGCACGUGGAGGAAGGCGACCAGCACGGAUCCCAUGAAGGUCUGCAACCCGAGAUGCUCAUUUCGCUGACCGCACCAAAGAAGUGCGCCCAAUACUUCAAGGGGAAAUACCACUUUUUAGGCGGUAGAUUUGUGCCGUCUGCUCUUGCUCAAAAAUACGACCUCCAUCUGCCGCCGUAUCAUGGAACGGAGCAAUUCGUGGAGAUGCGGAUGCAGGAGAUUCAUAAAAAUCAAGAAAAACAGGAGAAAGAAAAGGAAAAACAAGAAAAGGAGAAAGAAAUCGACAAAGAAAACAAAGAAAAGGAAAAAAACGAUACUGCGUCGUAACUUUGAAAAUUUGUAACUGAAUUUGAAUUUUUCGAUUUUUCCAUCAGUUUUGGAUUAGACGUUUAGAUUGUUCCUACAGCUAGUUUUGGAUUUGAAAUUUAGUACUGGAUUUUAAAGUUAAGAUUUGAAUUUUAACCUUCGAGUUUCAAAUGUUUUGUUUGUGUUAGAAAUUUUGGAUUUUUCCGAAUUUUUAAAUAUCUGGAUCUGAAAGUAGGUUUUCGCUCUCGGUUUGAAUUUGAAAUUUUCAGGCCUCAAUUUGAAUGUAAUUUGCAAAGAUACCCCUCCUCCCCGUAUACUGACGCAGGCAUACACCUAAACACUUCAAAAGGGAACACUUGAGUGUUGUUGGUUAAUCAAAAAGCUUUCAGUGUCUGAUGACUAUUGAUAGGGGUCAAAACCGACUGGUUCCCAACACUUCUGCUUCUGAUGUACAUAUACAAUAUCUGUAGGAUCAGUUACCAGGCAGAUAUUCAAACAACGGCUGAUUGCGGCCUGGAAUUACUGGGGUCAAUCUGGGUGAUGUCUGUCGCAUUACACUGCCAUCUUUUGUAAGAAAAAUGAAAAACAAUUCACGUAAAUCGUUGUAAGUAAUAACUGUUCGUCAGCCAGAAUGACAUGGCACAUUGAUACAUGCAUCAUAAAGAUGCGUUAUCGUCCUCUACGUGUUGAAAAGGAACUGUGCACCGAGUUAUCACUUUCAAAUUACAAAUUACAAAUUUGUACUUAGUCGUUUCGAUCAUGAAUGUCAUUGGUCAGCAUGUACCUCGUAAGAAUAUGCUCAGUAUUGAUGAUUAGUUAGUAUAUUUGUAAUUAGUUGGUCAGAAUCGAGAUUCUUCAAUCAAUGACCAAGUGUUCGAGUGUUAGAGAACUAACCUCCAAAUUUUCAAUGUCAACUGUCCAUCUUGAUCACAGAGUGACCUAGUCUCGUUCUGGAAACGCGGCUAAUUAGCUUGGUAAUUAACACGCCCGGUACAUAAUCAGCUAAUUAAUAUGCUUGAUCAAAUUUGGUCGUGUACGAACGUAAGUAGGCUUUAUUCAUCAGAUAUAUAUGACAUCUGUUGGAGUCAAUGUCUGUUAUAAAUAAUAUACCUGCAAGACCAGGUGAAUGGAUUAACCCUUUGUAUGAAACAUUUUUUGCUGUCAAAUAUUCAAAUAUUUCAACGGAUGUAGUGAUUUUUUUGUUUCCGCAAAAAUUUGCGGUUAUAUCCAAUCGUUUCUUUCGAUUUUCAUUCAAAUUAUAAAACGCCUUCGUGUAUACUGGUGUUUGUGUGGUGUUAAUUGUUCCAAACAUGUUUAGAUUUAUCAUAGUUUAUUGUGUUAUCUACCACGGCAAUUUGAUUUAAAUCAACGUUAACAAAAUCAGUGUCAAAAGUGUAAAAGUCAACUGUGUCAACGUGUUUAAGCGAGUUGUGGAGCAUCAACUUACACAAGGCCUGGGCCUGUUGUUAACUUACACAAGGCCUGGGCCUAUUGUUAACUUACAUAAGGCCUGGGCCUAUUGUUAACUUACACAAGGCCUGGGCCUAUUGUUAACUUACACAAGGCCUGGGCCUAUUGUUAACUUACACAAGGCCUGGGCCUAUUGUUAACUUACACAAGGCCUGGGCCUAUUGUUAAGUCGCUUCUCUAUCUUUGGUGCAUCUGUAAUGCAUAGGCCUAUUACAGAUAGAAUAGCUCUAUUGUACAGGCGCUUAACCGGCUUAAAAACAUCAACACAGCACAUCUAUUUUUGUAACAUUAGACUUAGUUCGGGUAUAGUUAAUGUUCUAUCAUGAGACGGCAUUAGAUGACUGUAAACAAUUACACGGGGUUAGCAGAGCUUGAAUAAAUUUGCAUAUCAAUGUAAAUAUUAUAAUAUCAUUAUGUGUUUUUUCUGUACAUAAUUAUAUAACAUGCAAGGUAGGAUUCGGCAAAUUUUGUUUUAAUUUUGUUUUAAAUGUCUGUUGUCGUGGCAACUGUAGCAUUAGAAUUUCCCUACCAAAAAUCGAAUGUUCAGACAAGUACUUUCAACCUUUCAGUUUGUUGAAGAAAAGUUUUGAAACAUAUUCUUAAGACAAGGUGUUUUAAUCUUUGUGCUAAACGAUAUCCCCAAAACCAGGUCAUGUGACUGUUUCUUGCCAUGAAAUGGAUGCUAUUUAGCCAUUUUGUAUCUAUAAAUAGAAUAGUGUAUUUUAUAUGUGUGUCGUUGGUAUUUUUGGCAGACUAAAUGAUGGCUAACCGACAUGGUCGAUUGGUUCUGGUUCAGAUUGACGAGAACUUUCUGUUCAUCGGCGUGAAUUCUUACAAAUUCAAAGUGAUCUUUUCCCGCCUAACUGAUCUCGAACCUUUCUCGCCAUGAACGGCCGAUGCCUCAACUUGCUAACAUUCUGUGUCAUUGUAUUAUAGCCGUGUACAUUGUCGCUUCUUUUCCCGACCGGACAGAGUUUUUUUUAAAUCCGCACCACAAUUUUUUCUCACCAAAAAUCAUUAGAAAUGAUAUGACACCUUGUAAUUGCUUGCAAAAAGGUAUCUAUUGCAUACUAAGCAUGGUUGCUAAAUCGACUGAGCAGAAAUUUAGGUGUUAUUUAAGGGUUGACCAUAGGCCUACUAUUUCGACUACAACUUGAAAUCUUACAGGUAUUAGAACUCUUCCAGAAUGAAAUGAAUCUCAAUUUGGGAACCCCAUCCUUGAAAUUGGCAUUCACUUCGUUUGGAAGGAGAUCUUACUGCUUUAGGAUGUCAAGUUCUAGUCAAAAUCGUUGUGGCUAUGGUCAACCCUAAUCCCAGCGCUACUUCUGUACAUGAACUGUAAAUGCUCCACCAGCACAUACAAACUUAUGUCUCAAGUAAAAUUUGUUUUAAGAGCAUUGAAUUUCAUGCCACGACUGACUCGGUAUAGACGUCUUUUCGCUGCUUGUCUUUGUCGGAAGUUUUCACCGGUCGUGCGAGACUGACCUAUUAUUGUAGUCUCAAGCAUAACAUCUGUUUUUAUAGCGAAUAGACUGCUGACGCAAUAUGUAUUAGGUAGGGGUGACAUCUAGUGAGAACGACUGAACUAUUGUUGUAAACAAAUGAUAGCUCCAAAUAUGGAUUGGGAAUUAGUCUUUGUUGACAAGUGUAACCAAAUUUUUAUAACCUGUUGUUGUAGUGGGCAGUUGAUGAUGCAGGCAGGCCAUGAAAGGGGUACAACGUUCGUAAUUACUGGUCCAGCUAAUAGAAAUCCACUUAAUACACAAUGCCUAGUGGAGUUAUUGUGAAUACAAAUUUGUGGAGACUUGGUAUUCAUAGUAUUUGUCUAUCUAUCUACAGAAAGGCAACACUGACAUUUAUAUCUAGUAUGUAUUAACGCAAUUGAACAUUUUCAAAUUCAAUAACAAAUUCAAAAUUUUCACUGUAUACUUCAUUUGUGGCGGCCAGCGUUGUCUCGGGACAGUCUACCUUUAAGGCCAAUAUUGAUGUUUUUGUUGUAAGUCUAAUCCACAUCACCUGCGAUUUACAGCAGAUUAUCAAAAGUAUAAUAAUAGGCAUAAGAUGUCAUAUACGUAUUGUAACAAUAAUGUCGACAAUUCUCCUCACAGAACUCUUGUGAAGGGAAACCAAGGUUGGGUCCAGCUGGACCAGAGUUAGUUCCACAAAUUCACCAAUAGGUGUCAAUGACUAUCAUGUAUUUUCCAAAUCACUUGUCUAUGGGGGUUGGUAGUUGCCGGUAAUGAAAAUUAGGAUCUAAUUAACUUUUGUUUUUGUCAAAUUAAGUUUUCAAGAUUUUAGAUGGUGUCGAGUCAUUCGAUUUGAUGAGCACAUCUAGCUUUAGUUUCGUGGGCCUAGAUAGGUGGCAGCACUUUUAAAUGGGACAGUAGACAUUCAAUUAAGCCCUACAAAUUGUGCAGUGAGGUUCCUUUUAAUGCCCGGCUAAUUAUCUCGAUGACAACACUUACUGUAGAUGUCACAAAUGAUGUCACGCGACAUCAAGCGGUACAAGCUAACAGGCGAUUUAUUAUUCGCAAUUUAUCUUAACGUUUUUAGCUCAGCUGACCGAGCUAGUCAAAUAGCUAUUUGAGUGGUGUCCGUCCUUCCAUCCGUCCGUGGAUACAGUUGGGCAUUUUGUAACCGUAAGACCUGGGCACUUCUAAUCUUGCCGACAGGAAGAACAGCCCAUCAUAGGCUGCUGACAGAAGAUUUAGCGCAUUUCGACUUCAAUUCUUCUCACCAGGGGGCAGAAGACGUAAAUUACAAAGACAUUUUUGUCGCUUAAUAAUUUGAAUUGAUCCCACCUCAGGGCAACUUGUUUUUCUUUUUUCUUUUUCACUUUUCACUUGUACAUUACAUUUUCUUUUUUUCUUUUUUGAUUUGGCAGGCGGCCAUCUUGAAAAUCAUAUUUUGCCAUUUUAAAGCCGUUGGCUGUAGCUAGAGUGACUAAAUGGUUGGUGUAUCUAAUAAGUCUCCAUUAUAUAUCACCCAGGUUUUCGAUUCGACCUACUCUUCAAGGUCAUAGGUUUGCUCAAGCUCUUAAAUUUCACUAAUAAGUAGCACUUUUUGUCAUUAUUUGUCCAAGAGUCUUUUUUCUAUGGUAGGCCUAUAUGGGCAUGAUAUCGGUACAUCAAUAUUUUAACAAAAAUGACGUUGAAAGAUACCUAACAGGUGCUUUCCAUCUCGUGUACAUUGUACCCAAGUAUUUCAGCUGAGCGCCAGACCCUUGGGCCUCUUGUUAACACUUUCUGAAUGCAAUUCAAGGGUGGAAUACAGCCUAAUCUGUACAAUUAUUGUACAUUCCUAUCAUCUCGGACUUCACUGUCAGUAGUUUCUUGCAUGCACAUGUACAUGUAUAUUUCUCCUGUUUUUGUUCAAUCGAAUGAAAUAGACUGGUUAUGUUUCAACUCAA